AUGGUUAAGCAGAUCAACAUUUUAUCUCAUCCUGUCGUCAACACACAGCUUGCACAGCUUAGGCAAAGUACGACGAACCCGAAAGAUUUCCGCGAGGGCAUACACAAUAUUAGUCUUAUUCUAGGUAUCGAGGCCACGCGCGAUCUUGAACAGGAGACAUUCCAGGGACAAACGCCGAUCGGACCUUUCACCGGCUCAGUCAUCAAACCUCGCGUCGGGCUGGCGCCCAUCCUGCGUGCCGGUAUCGGGAUGACAGAUGCCUUUCUGACGCUCUUUCCGUCCGCUCCCGUGUACCAUCUUGGCCUUUACCGGGAGAAAGUAAGCCUGCAACCGGUUGAGUAUUACUCGAAGCUACCUUCAGAACCCCCGAUCGACACUUGCUUCUUGUUGGACCCGCUUGUCGCGACCGGAGGCACGGCCCGGGCUGCACUUGCUAUGAUCACUGACUGGGGUAUUCCAGUUUCGAAAAUCAAGCUGCUGGUUGUGCUGGCAUCCGAGGAAGGGCUUCGGCAGGUGCAGGCUAAUUACCCGGAUUUAGAGAUUUGGGUGGCGGCAGUGGAUCCACAUUUGACGGAGAAGGGCCUCAUUUCGCCUGGCCUCGGCGAUACUGGUGACCGUUUGUACAACACCGUUACAAAGUGAAUAUGAGGAGGUCAGGAUGGUCACAGUUGUAUGGUGUGGGUUGUUCGUCAUUUUGAGAUGGUCGCUGGUAUGAGCAAAGCGUAACAAGGAGCUGGGUAGGUGUCAUAAUGAAGCGGGCAAGUGUGUGAUGUUGUGUACAAAAUUGUCAAUUCUCC